CGUGCUGGUGAUCGCGACAAGCAUUGUCCCUUUUACCAAAUCAUCGUCUUCUCCUCUCCCGCGCCGAAGCUUCCUCGGACAAGUGCGGCGUGAGUAAGAGACCCGGCGGACAAGAAACCUCUCCCCCCACCUUCGUUGCGGAAUUGCAUCGCCUUCGGCUUGAGCCAAUUGACUUGACCUCACUCCCUCCCCCCACCUACCUCACUCCCGUCGUCCUCUUCUUCCUCCUCGCCCUCGUCGCGGAGCGGAGUGGAGGCGCGCGUUCCGGGACGGCACGGGACAGGAGCGGAGGAAGCUCAUCUGGGUGUUGGCCUCAUCCCCUGCACAAGCUGAGGAAUGGGGCAAAAGGACUCCAAGCCUUCAAAUGGAUAUGGCUACUCUUCUGAUUACGGGGGUACUUCAUCGGGAUAUAACUUGAGAAAUACUGGAAGUACGUCCUCCAGUUAUGGCGCGAGGUAUGUGCCUUCUUCAGAGAACAAUGUACAGCCAGAAACACAUGCCAGGUUGCAGAGGAAGUAUUCCAGGAUUGGUGAUGACUAUCGUUCUCUGAGUCAGGUGACUGAAGCUUUGGCGCAAGCAGGCCUUGAAUCUUCAAAUCUUAUCGUAGGCAUUGAUUUUACAAAGAGCAAUGAAUGGACAGGUAAAAUUUCAUUUAAUCGCCGCUGCCUACAUGAUAUUGGAAACACUCCGAACCCAUAUGAGCAAGCUAUAUCUAUUAUUGGAAGGACACUUUCAGUAUUUGAUGAAGAUAACUUGAUUCCCUGCUUUGGAUUUGGUGACGCAUCAACUCAUGAUCAGGAGGUAUUCAGCUUUUACCCAGAGAACCGCCCAUGCAACGGAUUUGAAGAGGCACUAGACAGAUACAGAGAAAUCGUUCCAACUCUUCGAUUAGCAGGACCUACAUCUUUCGCUCCGAUGAUCGAGACAGCAAUUGGAAUUGUUGACAGCACUGGUGGUCAAUAUCAUGUUCUUCUGAUAAUCGCAGAUGGACAGGUUACCCGAAGUGUCGAUACACAAUCUGGACAAUUGAGUCCACAGGAGCGGGAUACUAUAGAUGCAAUAGUAAGAGCAAGCCAGUUCCCCCUGUCAAUUGUUCUUGUUGGGGUUGGUGAUGGACCAUGGGACAUGAUGCACCAGUUUGAUGACAAUAUACCUGCUCGGUCAUUUGACAAUUUCCAGUUUGUGAACUUCACGGAGAUUAUGUCAAAGAGCAUAGCAGCUGACAGAAAGGAGGCAGAAUUUGCAUUGUCAGCGCUGAUGGAAAUCCCUACACAGUACAAAGCAACACUUGAUCUCCAACUCUUAGGCCGCCGCCAAAGAAUAACUCCAAGAAUUGCUCUGCCGCCACCAACAAGGACUGCUUAUUCACGGACUACUAGCUUUAGCCAACAGUCUGGUGUUUAUUCGCGAUCAAGUAGCUUUGACCAACAAACAAGUGUCUACCAGCAACGUUCUGAGAGCUUGAAACAGCAGCAACCUGCAGCCCCAAAGGGACCUGACACUUACGUAUCAGAAAGUGCUCUGGAGGACAGAAUUCUGUGCCCCAUCUGCAUGUAUAAAUCGAAGGACCUUGCAUUUGGGUGUGGACAUCAGACUUGCUAUGAAUGCGGGAGAGAUUUGGAGCGCUGCCCUCUGUGCCAGCAACACAUAACCACGAGGAUCAGGCUCUACUGAUUUGAAGCCAAUGGGAUUGAAAAAUGUUCAGAACCAGCUUUGAUGCUACUGUGCUUCAUCAUUUUGUAAUUCUGAAUGAGAUAACACUGUCUCAGUAGUUUCGCUACACUAGUUAUGCCAAAAGGAAGCGCACCAGAAAAUAAUGUACAGAUUUUUCCUCCUUUUAUCUCUUUUGUUAGGUAAACAAGUUAGACAGCAGUAAAAUUCUGAAUGAGAUAAUGGAUAUUGUGAAGCAAAACUAUCGCCAUGGAAAAUAUGCAUUCUGUAUGCAAUGACCCCAUGGAUUAAAGCUUCAGUAAUAAGUAAGAUGGUCACAUCUAUAUAUAUUGCACUUAUGUUCCAGUAA